AUGACCCAAUAAAUUAGAUUGAAGUUAGAGGCAAUUAAAAACCAAGAUGGCAAAGUUUAGAACUUUCAAAGAGUUAGGAACAAAAGAUUAUAAAAAUGUAAUCUUGGAUCCGUGGCUGGUAAGCUCGUUAAAGAGUAUGGAAAAUGCAAUUACAAAAAUAUAACGAAAGUGUUAAUGAAUAGUUAAGAACGUAGCCUCUGUUUUUUAGGUAGGUAUUCCACAAGUGUGAUUAAUGUGGGUUAGAGGCAGUUACCUCCAUUUGAUUUUGGAAUUGAUGAUAUAAAUGAUUAAUUUGUUCAUUAGAAGGUUCUGAAAGCACCAAGCAAAUUAGAAAAUGGGGCUAUGUAUUUUGGAGAGUGGUUAAAUGAUUUAAGACAUGGCAAAGGCAUACUAAUAUGUGAGGUAAAUUAUGCAAGAAAAUAUAUUUAAGGAUGGAUCAAAAUAUGAAGGUUAUUUUUAAUAAGGAAAUGCUCAUGGAAGAGGUAGAUUGAUUCAUUCAAAUGGAGAGGUUUAUGAAGGUUAAUGGGAGAAUGAUGAAGCACAUGGAUUAGGCACAUACAUUCAUGAAGAUGGAGCAACUUAUACUGGUUUAUGGGAACAUGAUUUAUAACAUGGUAAAGGAUGUGAAAAAUGGCCAGAUGGAAGGUAUGGUGAUGAGAUUAAAAGUAGUUAUUUUGAAGGGUUUUAUAAGCAUGGAAAGAAGGAAGGAUUGGGUAAAUUUUUAUGGAUUGAUGGAGCUAAAUAUGAAGGAGAGUUUAAAGGUAAUAAUAUUGAUGGAUAUGGAAAAUAUAGUUGGCCAGAUAACAAAUAUUAUCAAGGAUAUUGGAAAAAUAAUAAAAAGUAUAUAAUAUAAUAAAAAUAGAAAUGGAAAAGGUAAGUAUGUAUGGCCAGAUGGGAAAAUAUAUGAAGGAGAUUUUGUAAAUGAUUAAAAGCAUGGUUAAGGUAUUUUGAAGUUUCCAGAUGGUAGAACAUAUGAAGGAGAGUGGUAGAAUGAUAAAUAACAUGGGAAGGCAUUACUAAGAUUACCAAACGGUAAGAUAUCUAAUGGUGAAUGGAAAAAUGGAAUUCGUAUCAAUUGA